AUGGAGGGUGAGUUGGUGCAGCAGCAGCAGCAGGAGAGAUUGAAUCAGGCAGUGCAGCAGCAGCUAAACCUAGAACAAGUAAAGACGCGUGCUAUCAGUCUGUUUAAAGCCAUAUCAAGGAUUUUGGAAGAUUUCGAUGCCUAUGCUCGUACCAACACCACUCCCAAAUGGCAAGAUAUUCUUGGUCAGUAUUCUAUGGUCAACCUUGAGCUCUUCAACAUUGUUGAUGAUAUCAAGAAGGUCUCCAAGGCGUUCAUAGUCUAUCCCAAGAAUGUCAAUGCCGAUAAUGCUACAAUACUCCCUGUUAUGCUUUCCACAAAACUACUCCCUGAAAUGGAGACGGAGGACGCCUCCAAGAGAGAUCAAUUGCUUCAGGGGAUGCAGAACCUCCCAAUUGCCACUCAAAUUGACAAGUUGAAGGCUAGAAUUGAUAUGAUUGCCGCAGCCUGUGAAGGUGCUGAAAAGGUAUUGGCGGACACUCGUAAAGCUUACUGCUUUGGAACUCGUCAAGGCCCUUCCGUUGCCCCCACUCUCGACAAGGGUCAGGCUGCCAAAAUUCAAGAACAGGAAAACCUACUCAGAGCCGCUGUCAAUGUCGGUGAAGGAUUACGGUUACCUGGAGACCAGAGGCAUAUAACUUCUUCACUUCCGAUGCAUUUGGCUGAUGUAUUCACUGUCAACGAGACUGCACAACCUUUUCCUGAUGGGUCUAGCAAUAAUGUAUAUAUGAAGAAUACCCCACUGUCAUCAAAUAAUAUGGGAGGCCAGAAUUCGAUGUUACAGACAUCAGCAACACAACUUUUGGGAAGAUCAGCUGCAUCUCCUUCUGCUGCAACGAGUGCCACUUCUUUUGAUAAUGCAACAGCUUCACCAAUUCCAUAUGCCAAUUCACCUAGGUCUUCUACAAAUAUGAUGAAUACGCCAUCUCCUCAACAGCAAACAUCACAACUGCAGCAGCAACAACCAACAGCACAGCAACAGCAACAGCAAAGACAGAAACUGAUGCAGCAGUUACCUCAACAGCAGCAACAGCAACUUCUUGCACAGCAGCAGCAACAGUUCAGGCAAUCUGCAAUGCAAGGAAUGGGUCAGAUGCAAGGGCAACAUCAGAUGCAAUUUUCUCCACAACUUGGGCAUCAGCAAUUUCAGAGUAGGCAGCAGCUUUCUUCGGCGCAUAUGCAGCAUGGCCUUGGUCAAAACCAACUCAAUCAAGGAAAUCAGAUGACUCGUUUAAGCCAGUUUUCUGGUCAUGCUAACAGUGCAUUAUUUAGUGCUGCUCAAACAACACCAAAUACCCAGAUGAUUCCCAACAUUUCAGCCGGUAUAUCUUCACAGUCUCAUCUGCCACGGAUGCAGUUUGGAUUAUCCGGAAACAAUCCUCAACGAAGUCAUCCUUCCCAAAUGUUGAGUGAUCAAAUGUUCAACAUUGGAGGUGGCAACCCUGGUGGCAUGAUGUCCUUACAACAGCAGCAACAGCAGCAGCAGCAACACAAUUCACAAGGUGCAUUUGGUGGCAUGGCAUCAAAUGCUCAGAAUCUACAAUCUGGUAUGAUGACACUUCAGAACGCACAACAGAAUCAUCCUAAUUUCUCUCAACAGAGACAGCAAAAUCAACAGUGA